GCAGCAGCGAUGCCCAAGUUCGCGGAGCGCGGCCGGAGCGGGGGGGGCGGCGGCGGGGCCGGAGCGCGGCGCUGCGGGCAGCGGGGGGGCCCGGUCGCCGCCCCCGGCCCGGCCCCGCGCUGAGCCCCGCACGGCCCCGCGCCGCCCCCGGGGCCGCCGCUCGCCUCGCAGAGAUGCCCCGGACGGUGCUGCUGCUCUGCCUGGCCCUCGGGCCGGUCCUGCGCGCCAGGUGUGAGAGCACAGAGGAAUACGAUUACGAUUACCUCAGCAUCAAUAAAACCUGGGUCCUCACGCCCAAGGCACAGGAGACCGAUGCCACGCAGAUCCUCAACUCGCUGCUCAAGAACUAUGACAACAAGCUGAGGCCUGACAUUGGCAUCAAGCCCACCUUCAUUGAUGUGGAUAUCUACGUGAACAGCAUCGGGCCGGUGUCUGUCAUCCAGAUGGAAUACACCAUUGACAUCUUCUUUGCCCAGACGUGGUACGACCGGCGCCUGCGGUUCAACAGCACGCUCAAGGCUCUGACCCUGAACACCAACAUGGUGAGCCGCAUCUGGAUCCCUGACACCUUCUUCAGGAACUCCAAACGGGCUGAUUCCCACUGGAUAACCACUCCCAAUCAGCUCCUCCGCAUCUGGAAUGAUGGAAAAGUGCUCUACACUCUCAGGCUGACAAUCGAGGCUGAAUGUCUGCUCCAGCUGCAGAAUUUCCCAAUGGACACUCACUCCUGCCCUUUGGUUUUUUCCAGCUAUGGAUACCCUCGGGAGGAGAUCGUCUAUCGCUGGAGGCGCUACUCCAUCGAGGUGUCUGACCAGCGCACAUGGAGGCUCUACCAGUUCGACUUCACGGGGCUGAGGAACACCUCAGAAGUCCUCAGGACUGGGGCAGGGGAGUACAUGGUGAUGACAGUUUCUUUUGACCUGAGCAGACGUAUGGGUUACUUUGCCAUUCAGACCUACAUUCCCUGCAUCCUGACUGUUGUUCUUUCCUGGGUUUCCUUCUGGAUCAAGAGAGACUCUACGCCAGCCAGGACAUCUCUGGGUAUCACGACUGUGCUCACCAUGACCACCCUGAGCACCAUCUCCCGCAAGCACCUGCCCCGUGUUUCCUACAUCACUGCCAUGGACCUCUUCGUCUCCGUGUGCUUCAUCUUCGUCUUUGCUGCUCUCAUGGAGUACGCCACGCUCAACUACCUGGUGGGGAACAAGAAACCCCUGGAGCACAGCCACAGGAAAGCCAGGCUGCCACCUGCGGGCGCACAGGUGAUGCCAACCUUCACCGCCAUCAACAUCAACCACAUCAUGCACUGGCCCCCGGAGAUGGAGGAGGAUGAGGAUGACGAGCCCGGCUCCCCGUGCCUGGAGGGGAAGGAGUGUGAGAGGUUCUUCUGCUGCAUCGAGGACUGUCAGACGGGGAUGUGGCGGGAGGGCCGGGUGCGCAUCCACAUAUCCCGCCUGGACUCCUACUCCCGCGUCUUCUUCCCCACCGCCUUCCUGCUCUUCAACAUCGUCUACUGGAUUGCCUAUCUGUAUCUCUAGCCCUCCUUUGUGCUCAGCUGGAACGGGCAGGGCACCAGCGAGAGGGGCUUCUCGAGGAGCAUAGAGAACAGCAUCUCUCCUGUUGUAGUCAGCUGUCAGUCUGAGCACCCCGACCUGGUGAUUCCUUCUCCCUGCUCUGUCAUCUCUUCUGAGAAGAACCAAACAGCUUUUUUUUUUUAGCCUUCUAACAUAUCUUUUUAGAGAAUCUACCCUUCCCCAGACAGCCCUCUCUCCAACACCACCAGCAUUGUACUCCUUGUAAAAUUACCCAAAAUUUCCAUCUCAAGCAUUAGGGAUUUUGUCAAAAAAAACCCUUAAUGCAUUUCAUUUUUCCAUCCAGUCCUACUCUGAAAUUUCAAGGCAAGUGAUGGCAAAUGGAGUUUUCUGCAUAGUUAUUAAGACUGCAAAGGAAAUAAAAUACAUCUUACGACUUCUGCACCACUUCCACCAGAGCAGACUUUGUGGGGUGCCAGAAGCUCAGAAAGGUCAGGAGGAAAUAGUGUGGCCAAGGACAGCAGUGCAGCUCUCCCACAGUAGCUGGGCUUGGCUGAAACGUUCUGGGCCUGCCCAGACAUCUGAUGGUGGCACUGACGAGGAUGGAGUUGCUGCAAGCCUCCCCCAGCUCCCCACAGAGCAUCUCUGAAGCAUUCAUUCCUCACGGAUCACUCCAGGACACCCUCCCACUGAGGCACUGCUCAUUCCCACCCCACGGGAAUGGAAAGCAUUUCCAAGCUGGAAGGGCCCACCUGCCUUGCUGGAGCAGGCUCUUCAGGGCCCACGGUGACAUUUCUGAUGUGUGACCAGGACUCAGAGCAGGCUCUGCAGUUGGGCAUAGCCAAAAGAGGGGGGAAGUCCUUGUGAGAAGGGCCAGAAGAAGCCUCCUGAGCCUGUAGUGAGGUAGUUCUCUCUGGGCUGUGAAUCACAGAGGGGCAGUGCUGUCCUGGCAGUGACACUCGCUGGUGCCAUCAGAUCUGUGCUGGCUGCUCGGUGCCAACCUGAGGAAGGGGUAUAGGAAAGGGAACACACAGCUUCCAGUGCAUUCCUGCUGCUCAGAUGUGUUCCCUUCUUUAUUUUAUUUUUUUCAUAAUUGCAUAAAACAAGAGUUUUCACUCUAACUGGAUGGCUCCUCCCAGUUGCCAUCAUCACUUGGCCUGUUUCCUCAUAAAAUCAGGAAAUGGAGUGAGUUGUCCUUGAUGGAUUUUAAGAAGGACAAGCGUAGUGAGAUGGUCCCAUCUUAAAGAGAUGGAGAAAUGCAUUACACAGUUUCAGCUGGGGAGAAACUGCAUAAUAAAGAAGAGGAAACUGAGGCCCAAGGUUCAUAAUGUGUCAACUGGCUGCCUCCCCAUUUACACCAGCUGCUGAUGUGGCCCACAGCAUGAUUGUGAGAAGCAGUGGGCCAUUAAUAGUUACUUACUGUGUAAAUUAGAAACAAAAAGAUCUUUUUUUAAAAAACAGCAUGUUUUAGAAAAAAAUUAGGACUUAAAAGGCUUGUCAGGAAAAGGAAGCCGGCAUGGCUGCAGAGGAAAAGUUAGGAAAGGCUGGCUCACAGGACAGCUAACAGGGGCAGGAGGUUUUAUAUAUUCUUGGAGAGCAAUUUGGUCUGGUUUAAAGACGGAUUUUGACACUGUUAAAUUUGAUCUGAAUAAUGAAGUGUCAUGUUUAAUUCAUUCACAAAUGCAGCCUUACCUGGGUUCCAGAUGAACAGCUAGAGCAUCUUAUUAAGUAUACAAUAGUACAACACUCAGCUAAGUAUAACCUAAUGGGGUCAGACCAGCAGAGCUCUGAAAGGGGAAAUUGUGCCUGUCUAACCUGUUACAGUUCUUUUAAAAUACCAAGGAAGAGAUAAAGGUUACUCAGAAGCAUAAUUUGCUUAGCUACUCCGACAGCUUUUGAAAGGGAGGAAAGAAAUUGUGGCGGGCGGUUCUAACUGAGGAAAUUGAUUUAGCAAAAGAAUUAUUAAGGAGGUUCUAAUUAGAGGAAAUUAACUGAGGAGAGGGGGGAAAAAAAGAAUUGUUAAGGAGGCUCUAAUUAGAGGAAAUUAAUGUUUUAGAGAGAAAGACACAGAGAGGGAGAAGUCUAAGAAAAGAAUCAAAACAACUUGCAGACAAGGGAAGCUGCUGGGUGACAGUGCCGACUCCCAGCCAAGCUGGAUGAUGUUCUGCUCCCAGUAGCAAAGCGUUAUUAGAUGUAGCAACAGAAAAACCUCCUAUGACUCAGCCCUACACCGCCAGGGAGCUGGAUUAAACAGGGUCCUGUGAUCUCUUUGGGGAGCCAAAAGGAAAGAGCAUCCUGGAUUGGAAGUGGCUCACACGGCAGGCUCUGAGUGAAGCACGUCCUCACAUUUGGGCAGGCAGCUGUCGGGGCUGUGUGGGAGGGGACGCCCCGGUGGCAAACCAGGGUCUGUGCCAGAUCCCUCCCCAACAGGAUGGUGCCUUGAACGGUGUUCAGGCACUGGAGGCUGCGCUGAGCACAGGGAGCAAAGUGGGGAAGGGAAAAAUUAACAGCCCUGUGCGACAGAGCCCGAACAGCUGCAAUUUGCUGUGGCUUCGAAGCUCUUGGUGAACACAAAUGAUUGUCAUGGGCACUGGAGAACAGAGCUCAGCCCUGAGAGCAGCAACUUGUUGAAAUUAGACCUUUUACAAAAUCAGCCAGGAGAGAAACGGGGUGUACAAAAACCUAAGAGGACAAAGUAGACUUGAAAGAUUGUAAGAUUUCACCAAAAAAAGAUAAAGCCAACAUACACCUAGGUAAUUGAACCAAUGAUGGAGGAUUUGACAGAGGAAAAUAGUCUAGCGUGGGCUGGAGCACAAGGAAGCUGAUUACUAAGGCUGGGGAAGGAGGAGGGAGGGGGCUUUUUGGCUUAGGGAAGUCUGUGCCCAUCAUCCAUAGCACAAUAAAUAAAGGCAUGCACAAAUUCAAUCAUGUUUUUAAUUUUCUAUAGUAUCAAAAAAAAAAGGGAAAAAAAAAAAAGGAACGCUAAGAAAAGCCAAAAAGAAAAAUCUGCCAUUCUUUUGGAAUGACUUUGCAAGGCUCCAGUUUCCUUCUAGAAUGGAUUUUUCCAGCUAUCAGGAGGGAACUCAGGGCACAGAGACAUCCAGUAGCUGUGAGCUGCCCUGCUCUGCAUGGCUCUGGGAGUCUCUCUGUGCCCUCCUAGGCUGGCAUUAGACACAGACCAAACCCUUCCCUCACCUACUGCCUCCCCUUCCCAGGGAGCAGCCAGUCCCAUUCCCACCCCUGCCAUGGAAGACAAACACACCCAGGGCAGCAGGACCAGGGCAGUGACUGCCCCUCUUUGCUGGGCAUAGUGAGGCCACUCCUCAGCUCCUCAGGUCAGUUUUGGAAGGUCUGGAGCACAAGCCUGAUGAGGGGAUAUCUUGGUUCAGAAAGACAGGAGUCUGCUAAGGAAGGCAGAAGCCCCCCCUGAAAGGGAGAAUGUAAACCCCCUCCCUCCAAAUUGCUAUAAAUUUUAAAUUAAGGGGCUCUCAGGCAAAAAUAUGGGAGCAGGAAAUAACAGUUCUUUAAUAGGGAAGAAAAUAAAAGGAUAAAAUAAACAAUGCAGUACACUAGAACAACACUGACAGAGUCAGAACCCAGCCUGACACCCUGUGGGUCAGGGUGUUGGCAGCAGUCCCAUUGGAAUUGUGGCUGCAGCCCUCCUGCAGUGUCAGAGGUGGUUCUGUUUCAGCAGGGAUCCUGUAGUCUCUUCCUCUGAAAUUCCAGGGGAAAAGGCAGCUGCUGUUCCUCUGGGGAACCCAGUGGAGAAGCCGUGCUGGUGUUCCAGAGUCUCCAGAUUAUAUCCAGGUAGGAAUGCUUGGCUCCUCCCUCUGGGCUCACAUCUCCCAGUGGGAUGCUGUAGUUCUUAUCAGCCAUGCAGUGACAUUCAAUAGUCUGUUAUCAGCAGAUGCCCCCUCCCAGGGAGGAGUGGGUGUGGAAGAGAUAAGGAAAACUGCCCAAUGAACAGAAGACAGCUGCCAUACAGAUGGCAAACAAUUCAUUUUGCUUGGCAAUCCAGGACAGGGGAAGCUGAGGGAGCUGGGGGGCCCAGCCUGGAGAAAAGGAGGCUCAGGAGAGACCUUACUGCUCUCUACAGCUCCCUGGCAGGAGGGUGUGAUGAGGGGUGGGUCAGUCACUUCUCCCAGAUAACAAGAAACAGGAUAAGAGAAAACAUACUCUGGUUGUGCCAGGGCAGGUUUAGGUUGGAUACUGGGGAAAAAUUCUUCAUUGGAAGGGUGGUCAGGCUGUGGAACAGGCUGCCCAGGAAAGUGGUGGAGUCACUGUUCGUGGAGGUGUUUAAAAGAUGUGGAGAUGUGGCACCUGGGGAGAUGGUUUAAUGGAGCUCUUGGCAGUGUUAGAUUUACAUUUGGACACAAUGAUCAUAAAAGGUCUUUUCCAACCUAAGUGAUUCUGUGAUUCUAUCACUCUACUAGCCUCAUACCUAAUGAUGGGGACUGGAAAUUAUGAUCUCAGCAUUCAUGUCUUGUGGCCUUUCUUUGGAAUAUAAAAGGAAAUCAGGAAGAAGGUUGAUUUUUCAUUUCUCUGCCUCCAGUUCCUAUUCUUCCCCUCCAAAUUAUGCCACAUAAGGAACCAUUUUUAGCCUGUGUGCUCUUCAGGACAGGGAUUCUGUUACUGUGUAUUUGUACAGGGGCUGGCACUCUGGGGCUUUGUCCUUAACUAAGAUUUCUGGAUGCUUCUUAUUAUACAUAAUAAACUACAUUAUACACUGCC